AUGCUUCUGCCAGUGGUGUUCCUGUGUCUCACAGCUGUGCUGCCUCCAUCCAAUGGACAGGAAACUGAAGCUCUCAGUGCUCUGUCAAGCAGCAGAGCAGAGCAGCAAAAGCUGAUUGUUGACAGACAUAAUGCCCUCAGGAGAGAAGUAAAACCAACUGCCAGCAACAUGAUGAAGAUGGAAUGGUGUCCUCCAGCUGCAGAGAAUGCCCAAAAUUGGGCCAAUCAAUGUACUUUAAAGCACAGUCCUCCAAAUCUGAGGAGAACUGAUGUACAAUGUGGUGAGAAUCUCUUCAUGUCCUCUGCCCCCUUCUCAUGGUCAGAUGUUCUUCAGGCCUGGUACAAUGAGGAGAAAAAUUUUGAAUAUGGAACUGGGGCAAAAACAAAAGGUGCUAUGUUUGGCCAUUACACUCAGAUGGUUUGGCACAAUUCUUAUAAAGUUGGAUGUGGUUUUGCUUUCUGCAGCAACACUACGUACAGUUACUUUUACGUCUGCCAGUACUGCCCCACGGGAAACCUAAUACAUUCAAUGAAGACACCCUACAAGGAAGGAGAGCCCUGUGGGGAUUGCCCCAAUGCUUGUGAGGAUGGAUUAUGCACCAACCCCUGCAAGUAUCAAGACCUCAUUGGAAACUGCAAAAAUCUGAAAAUGUUGUUUGGCUGUAGCAACUCAAUGGUGAAGAAGAAGUGCCCUGCAAGCUGUAAAUGCACCACUCAAAUCAUCUAA